GUUAUAACCUCAAUUAUUACAAUUAAAUAUAUUUCCGAAUAUUUGUUUUAAUUAUUUCCUUUAGCCUUUUGUUAAAAGAGAAUACAGUCAGGAAACGUAAAACACACACUCAGCAAAUUCAACUCAUUUAAUGUGCAAGCAAGAUGUAUACAGUUGUGUUGAAUUGGCUAACUGUGAUGUUUUUUUUAUUGAAAGCUGUAAUACCAACUACUACACUUCAAGUCAAAACUUUUUACGUCGGAGAAAAUGGAACAUUGAGCUGCAAUUUUGUGAACAGUACAAAAUCAGUCGUUUGGCUGAAAAAUAACAGGACUCUUUCCAACAACUACAGUCAAACCCACGAUGGAAGAUUGAUAAAGUUUUGGAGAUUUGAGAAGUCUUUUAUCGGAAUAUACUCGUGCCAUGACAUCAUUAAAGGUUUUCCAGGAAAAAUAUUAGUGGCUUAUAAUGUUUCGUUAGCUACUAAAGUCAAGUUACAUUUUACUAACAAGAAGAAGAUGGAACUAAAUAAAAACAGGCUGUCACCAUUGGGAAAUGAAAUAACGUUCCGUUGUACUGCUGCUGGCGAAGGACUUAUUAAAUAUAAAUGGUUUAAAAACAAUAAGUUACUACCCACCAGAAGAGUGGGCUCGACGUUAGUCGUGGAUCAACCUACGUUGAAAUUGAAAACACUUGUUUUAUCCGAUUCUGCAGUUUACACUUGUCGUGCGGAAAAUAAAGAUGGUUCUAUAGAAUUUAACUAUACACUAACUGUUAAAGAACAAAUCAGGACAACACCGUACCUUGAAAAAGGUUCUGUUAAAAACCAAACAAGAUAUGUUGGCGAUAAUACAACUAUAGAAUGUUACGAACUUAUUAGUGGUACGAUUCCUGACUUUUGUUGGUUGAAAUGGAAAGGUGCUUUCAAUCAAACUGUGUUAAAGAAAGCUGCGGAUUCAGAUUUGCAUGAUGUCGAUCAAAAUGUUUUACAAGUGCUCAACGUGGAUUUAUUUAAGGAAAUAUCCAGAUCUUCAAGUGGUAUGAACCCAAACAAAAAGAAUAUUUUUGGCGUUGAGCUAGUCUUAGUAAACUUAACAGUAAAUGAUUCUGGUUAUUACACAUGCUUAGCCAGCAACCACAUUGGAAGUGACAGUGCUAACAUGUAUCUAAAUAUAUUACCAAGAGAAGUCAAGUUACAUUUUACUAACAAGGAGAAGAUGGAACUGAAUAGAAACAGGCUCUCACCAUCGGGAAUAGAAAUAACGUUCCAUUGUCAUGCUGAUGGUGAAGGACUUAUCAAAUAUAAAUGGUUUAAAAACAAUAAAUUACUAUUAACCAGAAGAGUAAACUCGACGUUAGUCGUGGAUGAACCUACAUUGAAAUUAAAAACACUUGUUUUAUCUGAUUCUGCAGUUUACGCUUGUCGUGCGGAAAAUAAAGAUGGUUUUAUAGAAUUUAACUAUACACUGACUGUUAAAGAACAAGUCAGGACAGCACCAUACCUUGAAAAAGGAUCUGUUAAAAACCAAACAAGAUAUGUUGGCGAUAAUACAACUAUAGAAUGUUACGAACUUAUUAGUGGUACGAUUCCUGACUUUCGUUGGUUGAAAUGGAAAGGUGCUUUCAAUCAAACUGUGUUAAAGAAAGCUGCGGAUUCAGAUCUGCAUGAUGUCGAUCGAAAUUUUUUACAAGUGCUCAACGUGGAUUUAUUUAUGGAAAUAUCCAGAUCUACAGGUGGAAUAAACCGAAAGAAAAAGGCGAUUCAUGGCGUUGAGCUAGUAUUAGUAAACUUGAAAUUAAAUGAUUCUGGCUAUUACACAUGCUUAGCAAGCAACCACAUUGGCAGUGACAGUGCUAACAUGUAUCUAAAUGUAUUACCAAGAAUAGUUUAUAAAAAUCCACCUCAGCCAACAAAAAAAUCAUUUUUUCUGAAACCUAUUGUAACAAGUUUGGGCGUUUUGACGACAAUUGCUCUAAUUAUCGUGGCUACUGUGUUUUACAAAAUUUUGAAGUUGAAAAAAAAGACUGACAGAGAUGUAGUAGCAAUGAAGAUGCUUAAUGACACAGAAGAAGAUUGACGUUUCCUCAUUGGGCCAGUGAUUGUACUAUGUGCAGAUAGCUUUAAAACUUUGUACACUUUUUUUAAGUAAGAAAAAAACAUGAUAAA